CAUCGUUCACGUUUUAGCUUGCUACAGUAGCUACGCGAUCGUACAGCAUUACCAUGCUACGCGAUGUUCGUUUCGUUCGUAAAAGGUUCCUCAGUUCGAUCUCUGUGACAACUGAGCGUACACGCAGUAGACGUCCCUGCUUCCGCAAGCUACGCACUCAAGAAAUAUAUGAUUCUGACAAGAUCGACGCCACCCGUUCAGCAGUUCGUUCAUUCA